AUGAUCGAGCACUGUCAACUCUCCGAGCGACGUGCCUGCACUCUUGUGGGGCUAUCCCGAGAUGCCUAUCGCAACCCAGCGGCCAGCAGCGCCAGCAAUACUGCACUGGCCGCGGCGAUCAAAGAAGUGGCCUUGCAACGCAGGCGCUGGGGCUACCGUCUCAUUGGUGAUUUUUUGCGCCCCAAACAUGGGGCCAACCACAAGCGUGUCUGGCGGCUCUACAAGGAGCUUGGUUUGCAAGUGCGUAAACGUCGCAAGAAGAAAUCGGGCAACUGCCGCGUGCCACUGGUGGCUGCUCGGUAUCUCAAUCAGACUUGGAGCAUGGACUUUACCAGCGAUGCGCUGGACAACGGCAGACGUAUCAAAUGUCUGGUUGUAGCCGAUGACUACAGUCAUGAGUGCGUCCAAAUCGCCACUGACUUCGGCAUGGGUGCACAGUACGUCACGCGCCUGCUCGAUGACGCGGCGCGCUUUAGGGGCUACCCGCAGGCUAUCCGCACCGACAACGGGCCUGAAUUUACCGCACGGGCUUUUCUGGCUUGGACACAGCAGCACGAUAUCCAGCACAUUCUGAUUCAACCUGGCAGACCGAUGCAAAAUGGCUACAUUGAGAGUUUGAAUGACACCUUACGCGAUGAGUGCUUGAACGAAAACGUAUUUGAAACGCUCAGGCAAGCCCGAGAGCUAUUGAGCCGCUGGCGGGAUGAUUACAACCAAAUCCGACCGCACAGCAGUUGCCAGAGGAUGCCGCCGGCACUGUUUGCGGCCAAGAUGCGCCAGCAAGAAGCCAGCAGCGCGAACUCAAACAACGCGGAGCAAGCCGUGGGGACAACGCGGUUGCCCACAGCGCAAGGCUGUGGACAAGCGGCAGGGCCGCUGCCCGAGUUGCCCCCACUUCAGACUGACGCGCUUUGUGUGGACGGCCAUACGCCUACGGCUGCCGCCCACACGCCGCUUGCCCCACCAACAUGA